AUGUUCAAGCAUCUACAGGAGUACUCACACAUACAUAUACAUAAAUACACAGACCAGGCCCAGCCCCCUGGACACAGACCAGUCCCAGCCCCUAGGACACAGACCAGGCCCAGCCCCCCAGACUCAAACCAGGCCCCCAGGACACAGACCAGGCCCCCAGGACACAGACCAGGCCCCCAGGACACAGACCAGGCCCCCAGGACACAGACCAGGCCCAGCCCCCAGGACACAGACCAGGCUCCCAGGACACAGACCAGGCCCAGCCCCCAGGACACAGACCAGGCCCCCAGGACACAGACCAGCCCCCCGGACACAGACCAGGCCCCCAGGACACAGACCAGGCCCAGCCCCCAGGACACAGACCAGGCCCAGCCCCCAGGACACAGACCAGGCCCCCAGGACACAGACCAGGCCCCCAGGACACAGACCAGGCCCCCAGGACACAGACCAGGCCCAGCCCCCAGGACACAGACCAGGCUCCCAGGACACAGACCAGGCCUCCCGGACACAGACCAGGCCCAGGCCCCAGGACACAGACCAGGCCCCCAGGACACAGACCAGGCCCAGCCCCCAGGACACAGACCAGGCUCCCAGGACACAGACCAGGCCUCCCGGACACAGACCAGGCCUCCCGGACACAGACCAGGCCCCAGGACACAGACCAGCCCCCCAGACACAGACCAGGCCCCCAGGACACAGAUCAGGCCCAGCCCCCAGGACACAGACCAGGCCCAGCCCCCUGGACACAGACCAGGCCCAGCCCCCCAGACUCAGACCAGGCCCCCAGGACACAGACCAGGCCCCCAGGACACAGACCAGGCCCAGCCCCCAGGACACAGACCAGGCCCAGCCCCCAGGACACAGACCAGACCCCUAGGACACAGACCAGGCCCAGACCCCAUUGAGGUUUCCAGUGAGAGUGCUUCCCAGACCAGGCCCAGACCCCAUUGA